CUGCGCCAGAAAGGGGUGGAGCCUGAGCAAUGAGGUAAUCGGGGUAAACAGUGAAGAUGGCGGCGUGUGGCGCCGGACAGCGGCUGCCGGUCAUCAGCACGCCGACGACCAGCGGCCAGGACGCCAAGAAGCUCACCGACUUGCCCACCGAGGUGCUGGAACACAUCCUGUGCUUCCCCGCGCUCAAACAUGUCGACAUUUGCAACGUUUCCCGCUGCUGCCAGCGCCUUCACGACGUCUGCCACGGGCGCGGGAAAGUGUGGGGCCAUCAGUACAAACUCAGAUGGCCCAGGCUGCAGAGGUUCUACCCUCAGAACGAGAGCUGUGACUGGCUGCGGGAGUACAAGACCCGCCAUCGGGUGGGCAUACAGAUCCGCAGGACGGUGGAGUCCAUCUCCAAGAGGUUCUUCACGGAAGUUCCGUGCAUCGGACAGGUUCUGGGGGACAGCUUCGCCGAGAUCGAGUCCCUGGGCAUGCCCGAGCACUUCUGUGAGGACGAGCUGCUCUUCAUCCUGCGGGCCGACAAGAGGAAAAGUCUGACCCUGAAGUACUAUGCAAGGAAAAUCCUUUACUUCCUGAGACAGCAGAACAUCCUGCGCAGUCUCAAGACCUUCCUGGAGCAGCCCAAGGAGCAGCAGUCGGCGCUCGCAGGUGCUGGAAAUUUCCCAGCUGGCAUGAAUGCAGCAUAAUGUUGAACUAAAAUCAAAUGAAGUCGUC